AUGUGUCUCGCAGCCGGCGACACUGGCCCAUUCUCGCACGCGCUGGCCUCGCUCGCCGACAGUCAGUACACGAGCAGCGACGCCUUCCUCCAUGCGUGUGGGCUCCUUCGGAAACUGCUGCUGAAUGCCGCCGACCCGGCGAAACGGACCCUGCGCCGCGCAAACCCGCGCGUUGCCGCGGAGCUAUUGAGUGUUGCUGGUGUUGAGGCGGCGCUGAUCCAGCUCGGAUUCCGAGACCAUGGCGAUGAGCUGACCAUCACGGACGAGGCCGCUGCAGAUGUCCACAGUGCGGUUGCUACAGUCGAUUGCGCGGCAGGUAGCGUGCGUCGCCGGGCGCUGGUGUUGGCCUUGAGGCCGAGCGACCCUCUUGGCUGGAGCGCUGAGCUCCACGAUCCCGCCAUCCUGAUCUUCAAUCCCAAGUUCAAGGGAGCCGUCUUCGACUGCACACCACGGAACGGCGCGCCUUCGGGCGUGAUCGCCUUCCACAACUCGCCGUUUAGCAACUUUUGGCCCUGCGGCGCCGGUGUGACUGUGAGCCAUCGUGGCAUGAGGCUGCGAUUCGCCACGUCAGAGGCGCUGCUCAUGGCCUUCAAGCAGCAUUUGCUCGCUCCGAGCGGUGGCGUGCCGCCACACGAAUCGCUGGCGGACGCCCUUCGCACGCAAGCUACGAUCCGUACUGCGGCCGAGUCGAAGGAGGUGGCCGCAAGAGCAACGAGGCGGGUGGCCGACUACACGUGGUGGGGCCACCACGGGGUGCACGUACUGGUGGGGUCGGUCGUCUGCCUGCUCAAGUUCUCGCAGGACGAGGGCCUGCGCCGCCUCCUGCUCAGCACGCAAGGCGUCCUGCUGAUUGAGGCUGCGCCGCACGACGGCGCGUGGGGCGUCGCAGCAAACUCAUCAAACGCUCUGCAGGCGCCGGCGCUCGCUCGCACGUUCGGCCUGUACUCGGUUCAGCAGUCGCCAUUCGAGUUUGAGUCGCGCGAGGGGCGGGUGCACACUCGGCUAUGUUGUGAGGCGAACGCGCUGGGGAAGGCGCUCAUGGUCGCUCGAGCCGCGAUCCUUGCAGGCGUCGAGGCGACGUCGGGCAUGGAGCUGAGGAGCGCCUUUGCCGCUGUUGCGAGGCACCUGCGGCUUCUCGCGCUGCCGUGUGACUGGCGCGCGGCGGAGACGCAUCUGGAGGACUCCUUGUGA